GAUUGUUUCUCAUCGAUGUCAUCACUUACGGAACUCAUGGCUCAGCUGACUACUCCUCGAGAAGUCCAGGAGCAUCGCAUAGUACUUCCAUGUCUACUUUGCACGUCCGACUACCAUGAGUUUGAUAGCAAGAAACUCAUUCAGACUCAAAGCACUUCCGCAGUGUCUGAGCAGUCUUACUUCUCUGCGUCAGCAGGCAACAUGCGCAACUACAGCAACACCGUCUUUUCCUUGCGUUGAUGCCCAUGCAGCUCGUGAAUCCAAGAUAUUGGCUUCCUCCUUCUACCGUUAUUCCCAGACAGGCACGCGAGCAUCAUCAAGUGAUAGUGGUCCCGAACCUCCCUAUGCUCGCCCUAAUCCACAGUCAUAUAAUACGUACCACCAUCAGUAUCCGCUUGAAUUGACGUAUGGGUCCAUAUUACCGUCGUUUGACAUAGCCUAUGAAACCUGGGGCUCUCUCUCUCCAUCCCGGGACAACGUUAUUUUGCUUCAUACCGGUCUUUCUGCAUCUUCGCAUGCCGCCUCCACGGAGCUUAACCCGACAGAAGGCUGGUGGGAAAAAUUCAUUGGCCCAGGUCGUGCACUCGACACCAACCAGUUUUUCGUAAUCUGCACAAACGUGCUGGGAGGAUGCUAUGGCUCCACAGGUCCUUCUUCGCUCGAUCCUGAAGGUCAACGAUACGCAACUCGAUUCCCCAUCCUAUCUAUAUUUGAUAUGGUGCAGGCCCAGUUUAAGCUGCUAGAUCAUCUAGGCGUGCAGAAAUUGUAUGCCAGUGUGGGCUCAUCCAUGGGCGGGAUGCAAAGCCUUGCUGCAGGCUGGCUCUUCCCAGACCGUGUGGGAAAGAUAGUGAGCAUCAGUGGUACCGCAAGGAGCAGUCCAGGUAGCAUUGCAAUGCGUCAUGCUCAACGAAGUGUUCUCAUGGCCGAUCCGAAUUGGAAUAAUGGCUUUUACUACGAUGAUCUGCCACCUCAUACAGGGAUGAAAUUAGCUCGUCAAAUAGCGACAAUAACAUACCGCUCAGGUCCUGAAUGGGACCAACGGUUUGGAAGGAAACUUCGGGAACUGAAAGAUGGACAAAGCCCGUCUCCGUCGCGGUCGCCGACACUAUGUCCGGACUUCCUUAUCGAAACCUAUUUAGACCAUCAGGGAGAGCAAUUCUGCCUGAAAUAUGAUGCCAAUUCCCUCCUUUACAUCUCAAAGGCCAUGGAUCUCUUUGACCUUACCCUCCCUGCUCUUCAAGAGCUCUCAAUGAGCCCCACAACACAAGUUCCGUCAUCACAGUCAACGUCAUCAUCUCGGCAAUCCCCGAUUCAGGCUACUGCAGCGUCUAAAUCGCAUCCCCCACCACUGCAUUACGCACCUCACUUUCCGGAGCUCGCCGCUGGCCUCGGGCCUCUCAAGUCGAUACCUAUGCUGGUACUUGGGGUCCAGAGCGAUAUUCUUUUCCCAGUCGAGCAGCAGCGUGAGCUUGUAGAUGCACUUCGUAUGGCUGGUAACACACAAGUCAGCUACUUUGAGCUUGGUGGGGUCUGGGGGCAUGAUACAUUUUUACUCGACGUAUUGAAUGUUGGAGGGGCGGUAAGAGGGUUCCUAUCCUAACCUCGUCCUCGGGAUAUUUUUUCACUGCAGUCGCCGGUGUUGUCGUAUCGCGCUGUUUAAUCGGUGCAACGUUCGUGAGCUGUGAGGGUACUGCUAAGCAGUUCUAGAGUCCUCAGGGAGUACUUAUGUCAGUCCUACUAGCUGUCUGUCAUUAAUGCCAUGGAAUUCUUCAACUUCUAAUACUCACGGCU